GUGGACAUAAUACGGGAUCAAAUGGGGAAGACAGGGUUGUUUGUGUGAGCAUGUUCUCUUCUCUACAAUGCGGGUCGAGGAGAAUGAUAGCCAAAGUCACCUCAUGAAAACAAGUGACUUUCUGACUUUGAACGUUGCAACCCGGCUUCUUGGGAAGCUUGGAAUCGGCCCACCGAAGAAUCCACGAGAGUGAUAACCAGAAUGAGUUCAGGUUCACCUCGAGCGUUCAGCUGUAUCGUAGAUCACAGAAAACUCCUAAGAUUUCUGCUUAACACAUUCCACCGACUCGCAUGAACCAAUCUGGCCAGGGCGGGACUUUUGCGAUGGUGGUCCUCCAUCCCAGCACUCGACGAGACGCUGCUCACCAUCUCAAAGAUGUCAGAAGACGCUCGAUGCUUCACUCCCCUUCGCGCGGAGACGAAGGGCAGUUGACGAAGUAUAUUCUGCAGCGCCGGCGGGUACGACCGGCCGGUUCGAGACUGGAGCGAACGGUGGAAGGAGUGGGAGUCACCAACGGAAGUGGACACCACGACCGGCACCAGCUGGAGGAGUCAGCUCCGUGCGACCUACAGGCGACCGGAGUCCGUCGUGAACUCCGUCCAGGCGUCCAUCCUCCGUCGCCGGAUGGCCUUCAGCGGAUGCUAAGCCAACUCGUCUUCAACCCUAGCUUGCACAUCCGGCCACCUCCGUCCGAUGCUCCGUCCUGACGGCCACCUCUGUCCGGCCGCGACUCCGGUGGAACACUACUGGCGCUGGGCAUUAGGGUUUAGAAAAGGAGCAAUUUGCUCUUCGCAACUCCUUUCACUCCUCUCCUCUCUUCCCACCCGACCUCGAAACUCUCUGCAGCCGCUGCUGUUCCGCAUCGAUCGCCCGCCAUGGCUCCAAAGAAGGAGAGUAAACCUGCGCAGUCCGCCAAGCCUGCCAAGAGCACUGGAGGAGGCAAGCAGAAGAAGAAGAAAUGGAGCAAGGGAAAGCAAAAGGAGAAGGUCAACAACAUGGUUCUCUUCGACCAAUCAACCUACGACAAGUUGCUCGUUGAGGGACCCAAGUACAAGCUGAUUACUCCUUCCGUGUUGUCCGACAGAUUGAGGAUUACCGGUUCUCUUGCCCGCAAGGCGAUUAAGGAGUUGAUGGCCAAGGGAACCAUCAGGCUGGUAGCUGCACAUGCCAACCAACAGAUUUACACCCGCGCCACCAACACAUAGAGGUCUUUUACUGAGUUAGUAUUUGAGGUACUCGGCGCUAGGCCUAACAUCAAAAUCUGUUCCAUAACCUUCAUCGAAGGUGAAUUUUAUAAAAUGUCGAAGACGAGUGCUUUCUCACUGUAAAUGUGAGGUUUUGAACGCCCGGAUGAAAUGAAGAGGAUGUUAUUGUCAUUCUUUGACCACGAAUGAUUAAAAUUAAUGUAGAUCGUCGGAUUCCUUCAUGUGUCGGUGUUUUUCCAUUUAGUUUCUUAUCAACGUGCGUGGAGUCCGUAGGAACGGACAUGAGUUCUCUGUAGAGCGGAUGUCAUGUUGUAGGUAUCGCCGUUGCUUCUUCACUCUGAGAUGUGAAGGUUAGAUAGCGGAGUUGAAGUUCUGGUGGAAGACGAGCCUGCCCUCCACGUGAUGUGUUCGACUUUUUCAAGCAUAAUCAUCAAUGUUCGGUAUAAAUGGUUUGUC